AUGGAUGAUAAGAUGGAUGUCAAGACUGCUUUCCUUAAUGAGAAUCUUCUUGAGAAUGUGUACAUGACACAACCUGAAGGAUUUGACAUACCAAAAAAAGCCCAAAAACCAAAGCAUUUUUUGUUCUCUCACUCACAGCCGCACCUCCAUGAAAAUAUUCUAGCUUCAAUUCUCAACAUCGUUCCACCACCAUCAUUCACCACCCACCACCUUCAACUCUCACCACUCACCGCCCAAUUUUCAAUCCACGCGCCGCUUUCGGUUUCCGCUGCUUCCACACCUCAGCUCAUCUUCCAACGUUUCGUGGCUCGCCGCUCUUUUCCGCCAACACACUCACCGCUAAUUCCGUUCCGGUAUGUAUUCAAUCACCGUUCACCACCUAGGUUUUUAUAUACGGUGGAGUAUGAGGAUUGCAGGAUUGUCUUGUUGCAGGAUUGCUAUACACUCCAGUUAGGUAAUGUUGGUGUUGUUUCUGAUUAUGACUUGACUAAAGCAGAAAACAACCAAUUUUUAAAUUAUAAUGGAGACACACCAAGUUUGGAUGAUGGACCAGAAACCCCGUCAUUUGGUGGCCCAGGCUUGGACAAAUAUUCUCUGGAGAAACUGAAGGAGGCAUCAGCUGCUGAAGCUGAGGCAGCUAGUGCUGUUUGGCAAUCUGUGCAAGCUAUAUCAAGUAGUCCCGCUGAUGAAACAUCUGUGUCAGAUGACAACUCACAUGCUGCAGACACAGUUGCAGAUGGAAGUGACACAGAGGGAGAUGUUCACCUUCAUCCUAGAGUUGUUGUAGUUGCUAAAGAGGCUAUAGGUAACCUAGGUGGAAUGGUGAGACAAUUGUCACUCGAUCAAUUUGAAAAUGAAAGCAGACGCAUGCUUCCCAUAAACAGUGAUUCACCAUAUCCUACAAAAAAGUUCACCAGGCAGAAAUCCCCUCAGGGUUUACAUAAAAAGAUAAUUUCAAAUUUGCUCAGGCCUCGCAACUGGAAAGCGCCUGCAAAUAGGCGGUUCUUCUUGGAUUCUUAUGAAGUGGGUGAGCUUUGCUAUGCUGCUGAGCAAAUAUUUAUGCACGAACCAACUGUUCUUCAGCUGAAAGCUCCUGUCAAAGUAUUUGGUGAUCUUCAUGGUCAGUUUGGUGAUUUGAUGCGACUAUUUGAUGAAUAUGGAUUUCCUUCAACCGCAGGAGACAUCACAUACAUCAAGAAAUUUUACGUUAGAUACACUUGA